GGGCAGGAAUCUUUCUGCCAUCGUGGCUUCGAUGGCAAGGUGUCGGAGUUCCUUCGCUGCGCUCACCGUGAGGUCCAGGAGGCACGGGAGCGUUACCCCGAGUCUUCUCAUGCCGCCUUUGAUGAUUUCCUGGCAUCACUUGAUGCAGCACUGUUGGGCGAGAAGGACCUGACGCUGAUUGUCAGAGAUCCGUCCGGCUUGAGCAAGUUGGACACAUACGAGACAGAGGUAGAGUACUUCGAACGCACUGUGCGGGAUGACUUCGCUUUGGGGGUGGAGUACUCGCUUCCAAGCCACCAGCACAAUGAUGCCAAGAGUGUGGCGAAGAUGAUUCGACGAGCACGCCGAAUUGUUGCCCUGACCGGUGCGGGUAUCUCCGUCGAAUCAGGAAUUACACCGUUCCGUAAGCCGGGCCCUUCGGACUCUGGCGGGGCUAUCUGGGAUGAAUUCGAUGCGCGGCAAAUGACAGUCGGCAAUUUCAAUCACGAUGGGGAGGUGCGAGCGAAGUGGUGGGUCAUGAAGCGCAAGCUCAUGAAAGAGAUGAGCAUGGCUGAACCUAAUCCUGCCCACUGCUUCUUCGGCGAGCUAGAGAAGCGCGGCAAGCUUGAAGGGGUAAUCACACAGAACAUUGAUUCACUACAUCAACGCGGCGGCAUUCCCAGCGAGAAGGUAAACGAGCUACACGGGCACAUGCGGCGCUUGAUAUGCUCCGAUUACCGCACCCCUCUCAACCCAGAGCCCUUUGGCAAGGGCACCUGCGAUUAUGCAUGCGACACAUCAGCUUGUGGCGAUGCUGAUGUUCCUACCUGUCCGAAGUGCGGUUCGCCUCUCCGCACGGAGACGGUGAUGUUCGAGCAGUCUUUGCCGAAUGGUGCCGUGGAGCAAGCAAGAAGCACAAUCCAGAACUCGGACCUCCUCGUUGUAAUUGGCAGCACUCUGAUUGUUCGCCCCGCUAACGAGUUGCCGGCCGAAGCGCUCCGGCGGGGAAUUCCCGUCGUCAUGGUCAACUUCGAUGACACCUGCUACGACGGCAAUGCCAUCUCCUUGGUGCGGCAGCCUGCAGGCAUCUUCUUCGAUGAGGUGAUGAACCAGCUUGGGGAUGAAAUGUGGCAUGCUGAUGAUGACGAGGAGGAGGCAGAAGAACUUGAAAUUGAUCCAGAGGCAUCUGUUUCCGUGGAAUCGAAGCUGCCGACUCUGGGCCUCGAUGAUUCCGAUGACCAGCUUUACGGUGAUGAUGACCUGGGCUGCUACUAG